AUGGGUCUACACGAGGAUGAGGACCGCAAGUAUGCGGAGGAUGUCCAGGCUGUCAAGAACUGGUGGAAGGACUCUCGGUGGCGCUUCACCAAGCGUCCCUUCACUGCCGAGCAGAUUGUUGCCAAGCGCGGCAAUCUGACUAUCAAUUACCCCUCCGGUGUUCAGGCAAAGAAGCUGUGGGGUAUCUUGGAGAACAACUGGCAGAACAAGGAGGCUAGCUACACCUAUGGCUGCCUUGAGCCCACAAUGAUCACCCAGAUGUGCAAGUUCCUGGAUACCAUCUACGUUUCCGGCUGGCAGAGCUCUUCCACGGCCUCGUCCACUGACGAGCCCUCUCCCGAUCUUGCGGAUUACCCUAUGGACACUGUCCCCCGCAAGGUUAACCAGCUGUUCAUGGCCCAGCUCUUCCACGACAGGAAACAGCGCGAGGAGCGCAUCACUACCCCCAAGGACCAGCGCUCCAAGGUCGCCAAUGUCGACUACCUCCGUCCCAUCAUUGCCGAUGCCGACACUGGUCACGGUGGUCUGACUGCCGUCAUGAAGCUCACCAAGCUGUUCGUCGAGCGUGGUGCAGCUGGUAUUCACAUCGAGGACCAGGCUCCCGGUACCAAGAAGUGCGGCCACAUGGCUGGCAAGGUCCUGGUCCCCAUCAGCGAGCACAUCAACCGCCUGGUUGCCAUCCGUGCCCAGGCCGAUAUCAUGGGCACCGAUCUCCUCGCCAUUGCCCGUACCGAUUCCGAGGCCGCCACGCUUAUCACCUCCUCCAUUGACCACCGUGACCAUGCCUUCAUCGUCGGCUCUACCAACCCUAACCUCCAGCCCUUGAACGACCUGAUGGUUGCUGCCGAACAGGCCGGCAAGAACGGGCCCGAGCUGCAGGCCAUUGAGGACCAGUGGACUGCCCAGGCUGGUCUCAAGCUGUUCAACGACGCCGUCAUUAACACCAUCAAUGCUGGCUCCCACUCCGAUAAGAAGGGUCUGAUUGAGAAGUACCUCAAGGCUGCCAAGGGCAAGGGCAACAACGAGGCCCGCGCCAUCGCCAAGGGUAUCACCGGUGUUGACAUUUACUGGAACUGGGAUGCUCCCCGUACCCGUGAGGGUUACUACCGCUACCAGGGUGGCACUCAGUGCGCCGUGAACCGUGCCAUCGCCUAUGCUCCCUUCGCCGAUCUGAUCUGGAUGGAGAGCAAGCUGCCCGACUACAAGCAGGCCAAGGAGUUUGCUGAUGGUGUUCACGCCGUCUGGCCCGAGCAGAAGCUCUCCUACAACCUCUCCCCCUCGUUCAACUGGAAGAAGGCCAUGCCCCGCGACGAGCAGGAGACCUACAUCAAGCGCCUGGGUCAGCUGGGUUACUGCUGGCAGUUCAUCACCCUGGCCGGUCUGCACACGACCGCGCUCAUCUCGCACCAGUUCGCCAAGGCCUAUGCCCAGAACGGCAUGCGUGCCUACGGCGAGCUGGUCCAGGAGCCCGAGAUGGAGCAAGGUGUCGACGUCGUCACUCACCAGAAGUGGAGUGGUGCCAACUACGUCGACAACCUGCUUAAGAUGGUCUCUGGUGGUGUGAGCAGCACUGCUGCUAUGGGCAAGGGUGUGACCGAGGACCAGUUCAAGAACUGA